AUGGUGUUAUCAGAGCCAUAUAUUACACCAGAAAAUUGGUUCACGGACCUGUCGGGAAGGGCAUCUAUAUGUGUCACUAACUUGGGUAUAGCUAAAAGCAGAAAAUUAACAGUACUGAGCUGCGGCAUGGGUUUCGUCGGUAUAAAAUAUAACGAUAUAGGUUUAGUGAGCGUGUAUGCCUCCCCAAAUGAUAGUAAUGAGGAGUUUGAGGCUCAAUUGGCUGCGAUGGAGAUUUUCCUAGAGAGCAUUCGCAAAACAUUGACCAAGAUCUUAGUCCUAGGGGAUUUUAACGCAAAAUCCCCACUAUGGGGAUCGAAAAAAUGGUGUGGUAGGGGAAGAACCCUUUUUCAGUGGUGUAACAGUCUGGGCCUGAUUCCCGUGAUAUCCAAGGGAGGCGUUACCUGUGAAAGGGGAGGAGGAUCGGUAAUAGACCUCCUCUUUUGUAGUAAUGAUGCCAUGAAACAACACACAUCAUCGGAGAUUUUGGACACUUUUACAGCGUGGGACCAUAAAUAUAUUAUUCAUAAGUUUGGUGAAAACGCUAUAAGUGGUGAACCAGCAAAGGACCCCUUUGACCUAGGAAAAGGGAAAAUUGAUGAAGAAGGUCUCCUGUGUGAGCUUGUUCAGAAAUAUGGGGACGCGAAUUACGAUAGGAGAGGUAAAACCGGUACCACCAUGGAGGUGGACAAGUUCAUCGAUGAUGUAGAGAAAUUAGUGAAUAAAUAUACCACCUACAGAGGACCCUAUAGAGGAAAUCGCCACCCUGUAUACUGGUGGAAUGAGGAGACGGCUAGAUAUAGGAAGGAUGUAAAUAAGGCAAGGAGAAGGUUCACAAGGUUGAGGGCUAAGGGAAACAAGAAAGAUAUAGAGGAGGCUCAUAAGGAUUUUAAGAUGGCCAAGAAAGCAAUGAAUCGUGAAGUAAAAAAGGCUAAAAAAACCAGCUGGGAAAAUAUGUUAUCGGAAAUAGAUAAAGAUAUAUGGGGUAGACCAUAUAAGCUGGUCACUAGGAAGCUCAAGGGGAAGGUUAAUAAACCAGACAUCUUGAGCCCUGAGGAAGUCGAAGAGGUGGUCAAAAAGCUCUUUAUCCUGUCACCACCGAAAGGAGAGAUUCCUGAAAGAAAAAACGAACAAGAGGUUAGAGAGAAUAUAUAUGACGUUGAACACUUACCUGAUGAAUCCGAAAGUCCUGGUGUACCUGAAAAUAAAAAUAAAAAUAAAAAUAAUAAUGAUGUGUAUGUUUCCACAAUAGACGCGCGAUACUUACCUGAAGAGCCGCGAGAUAUACCUGAAAGAGAAAGGGAAUACGAUGGGACUAAUAUGUAUGAGGAGAGGAUGGAUGUACCUACCUGUAUCAGACACAGAAGAGUGGGAGGGAUCACACCCGAGGAGAUCAUCGCUGUGGUGAGGGGUAUGCCGGUGAACAAGGCACCUGGUCCAGACAGGUUGUCUUCGGCAGUAACGAAGAAAUUUAGUAUGAAAGCGUCUAGGUGGCUUGCACACAUCUACAAUACAUGCUAUGCCAAGGGUUACUGGCCAUGGUCGUGGAAGACAGGACGCUUAGUUCUGUUACCUAAAGGGAAGGCCACGAAAGCCGAAGAGAGGGCAUACAGACCUCUCUCGAUAAUCCCCUGUUUAGCUAAAAUCCUAGAAAAGGUAAUCAAGACCCGUUUAUUAAAGGAAUUAGAGAAAAAUGAUCUGGCAGAGAACCAGUUCGGGUUUAGAAAAGGGCGAUCAACAAUCGACGCGAUGGACAGGUUGGACUAUAUUUGGCAAACGGCACGUAGAGAUGGAAGACACUGCCUCCUGGUGCUGUUGGAUGUAAAAAACGCAUUCAACACCAUCAGGUGGAGCAGUAUCAUUAGGUGUAUGGUGGAACGAGGAUUCUCUCCGGAGCUAAUUGCAUUUAUACGUAGCUAUUUAAGCGAGAGAUGGAUUGUGUACAACUCCGCCGAGGGGGAACUACGUUACCAGGUUUUUGGCGGGGUUCCACAGGGUUCUGUGAUAGGACCAAUACUGUGGAACCUCGUGUACGAUGGCCUGUUGAGAAUACGACUACGCAGAGAUGUGUACCUGAUAGCGUACGCGGACGAUAUUGGCAUCGUGGUCGUCGAUGAAGACCUGCAUAGGAUGGUGUAUGUGGCAGAAGAGACGAUUAAGGACCUGGGUGACUGGUAUAAAGAGGAGGGCCUGAGCCUGGCAAACCACAAAACUGAGGCCGUAUUGUUAACAGGGAGAAAGGUAACGGGUGGUCUUAGGCUGAUUUGCGGGGACGCUGAGAUCAAAACGUCCCGCGAAGCAAGAUAUCUGGGUCUCAUUCUUGAAAUGAACCAUGGUUUUAAGAGCCACAUUGAAACGGCCUGUAACAAGGCCCUAAAAUACGCUAAUGUACUGGCCCAAUUGAUGCCCAAUAUAGGUAGAGCGGGUAACCAGGCCCGCAGGCUAUAA